CAAUCCACAAAACAAAAUCUCAUUCGCUAUCUCAGCUUCCACUUAAAAAAAAAAAAAAGAAAAGACCGCUAGCAAUCUCUGCUUUGGUCAGAAUCCAUUUUCACAAAAACAUGGCCACUUUAUUUUCUUCUCAAUGCAUUAUCAAAAUCUUUCUUCUCAUUUCACUCUUCCAACUUUCUUUAGCUGCUAGAAACAUGAAGGAGCUGGUUCAAGACCAAUCCCAGCUACUCCGCUACCAUAACGGUCCGUUACUGUACGGCAAAAUCUCCGUUAACCUCAUAUGGUACGGUCAAUUCAAACCCUCCCAAAAGGCCAUAGUUUCCGACUUCAUAACCUCCCUCACAUCACCGCCUCAAACCAACCAACCACCCGUUGCCACGUGGUGGAAAACCACCGAGAAAUACUACCACCUCACCUCCAAGAAGAAGGGAACUUCCUCUCUUUCACUUUCACUGGGAAAACAGAUUCUCGAUGAGAGUUACUCUCUGGGGAAAUCCUUAACGAGCAAGAAUCUCGUUGAGUUGGCAUCAAAGGGGGACCAGAAAGACGCCAUCAACGUCGUUCUAACCUCCGCUGACGUGGCAGUGGAAGGCUUCUGUAUGUCCCGCUGCGGGACCCACGGUUCUUCUUCUUCUCCUUCUCCUUUGAAGGGAAAGAAUAACAAGUUCGCUUACAUCUGGGUUGGUAACUCCGAGACACAAUGCCCGGGCCAGUGCGCGUGGCCCUUCCAUCAGCCCAUCUACGGGCCUCAAAGCCCGCCACUUGUUGCUCCAAACAACGACGUGGGCCUAGACGGUAUGGUCAUCAAUCUUGCUAGCCUUUUGGCUGGAACCGCCACUAACCCCUUCGGGAACGGUUACUACCAGGGCCCAGCUGAGGCGCCUCUAGAAGCUUCUUCAGCUUGCCCUGGAGUUUAUGGAAAAGGUGCAUACCCUGGCUAUGCUGGGAACUUGUUGGUGGAUUCCGCAACUGGUGCUAGCUACAAUGCAAAUGGUGCUAAUGGAAGGAAGUACUUGCUUCCUGCUCUCUACGAUCCUUCUACAUCUUCGUGCUCAACGCUCGUGUGAGGAUGCCAACUGCUAUAUUAGUAACACGGAUUAGUACUAUUUGGAUUAGUAUAUUGUAAAAAUAAAGCACUUUCAUGUAGGAUAAAAUUGAAAAUUCAUUGAUUUGUUCUAUUA